AAUUUGAACAUGCAAACACAAACUCCCUGACCUGCACCAGCCAUUCCCAUGGCUUAAAAAAGAGAAAGGAAAAAGGAAAAAGGAAACGGCCGGUACAACCGCUAUCAGUCUAUCAGCGCCAAACCCACCAACCCAACCCAAUGACCCCCCACUCCUCCUCCUCCUCCUCCGCCUCCGCCUCCUACAUAUACUUGCGUAUCUGCAGCACAGAGACGGUUAUACUACUUUAAUACAACCAACUCCACCACCAACUCUCUCUCUCCCUCCCUGUUCCUUGCCAACACAAAAACUUAGCUUUCACUCCCAAUAUUAAUAAUCUGCAACACAACAACAGCAGCAGCAGCAGCAGCAGCAGAACUCUUCUCUUCUCUACUCUACUCUGCUCUACUCUACUCCAUUUUAGAUCACCUAACCAAAUACACACUCCUUUCCCUCUCUCCCUCUAUCUCAAAAGAAUUUCUAGGGUUCAUCUCGCUCUCUCUCUCUCUGCGAAGAAGAGAAAGAGGAGUCUCAGAGCUUUGGAUCCUAUGAGGUUUGCUUUUCGAUUUUGAUAGGAAAAAAAAAGAAAAAGUAAAGGAAGAAAUCAUGACACAGCUUUUGGAAAUCCUGCCCAAGGAACUCAAAUUUAUUUUUGAAGUGAAGAAGCAAAGCUCAUGCUCAAUACGGCUUACCAAUAACACCUUCCACGAUGUUGCGUUCAAGGUUAAAACAACUUCACCUCAGAAGUACUGCGUGCGACCAAAUGUUGGCAUUGUCUAUCCAAAAUCAACUUUUGAAUUUAUUGUCACAAUGCAAGCUCAAAAGGUGGCUCCUCUUGAUAUGGUGUGCAAAGACAAGUUCUUAAUCCAAAGCGCAAUUGUUCCUGUUGGAACAACUGAGAAGGAUAUCACACCUAGUAUGUUUGCCAAAGAUAAUGGCAACCAUGUUGAAGAGGUCAAGAUGAGAGUGGCCCUCAUCAGCCCACCUGAAUCACCCGUAUUGUCACCAAUUAAUGGAGUGCUUAAGCAGGGGCCCUUUUUUGAACCUUCUGUGCUGAAAGAUCCUGUGCAGAAUAGAGUUGAAAUUCUCACUCCACCAGAAACGCAUCAGAUUGCCAAGAGUUCAGAAUUCAAAAUGACCAAUGGCCAUGAACUCAAUACAGCUAAUGAUGUAGAGUUGAAGCCAAACAAGGAUGGGAUUCAUGAUCAAGAGUUAAAGCCAAGGAAGGAUGGUAUUCAUGAUCAAGAGUUGAAGCCAAAGAAGGAUGGGAUUCAUCAAGAGUCUAAGCUGUCAAAUGAGACGGUUUGGCUACCAAAUAUUGAUGUUGUCGUUGAGAAGGAGUUGAAGCUGGAACAGGACGAAGAGUUGAAGCAAGACAAGGAUGCCAGUAACAAUGAGCACUCUAAGCUAGCGGAUGAUAUGGAGUCCCCUUCUCUGAAGAAUGAGGAAGUCAUAACAGUGAAUGCUGUGCAGGAACUGAAGUUGGCCCGUGAUAUUGAGGAGAUGAAAUCAAAAUUGGAUGUACUUGAAUUAAAGCUAAACGAGGCCGAGGCUACUAUUUCAAAGUUAACAGAGGAGAAGAGACAAGGCAAUCAAGAACAGAAAAUCUUGCAAGAAGAACUAGAUGUAUUGAGAAGUCGGACAAGCGUAAAAAGAGUGUACGUGGGAUUCCCGCUUCUAUUUGUUCUUAUGACUGCGUUCAUCAGUAUCAUGCUUGGAUACCUUUUACACCGUUGAAUACUUAGCCAUUAGAGAUACCUUGUCCAGGUUUGUUCAUAGCUAGAACUUAUAAAGGAUGGAAGACAAGCAAACCCAUUUACGCUAUAAAUGCUGCAAGGAAAUACCAGGGGACUAGUUAUGUGUGUCCAAGUUUUCUUGCUCUUUUUUCCCUCUUUCGGGGGACGCCUUCAGGAUGUAUGUUUGUUGCAUUUACACACAAAACGAACAACAAUCGAGCGUAGAGAGAUAUCUUCUAUGUAUGCCUAAUAAAAUACAGUAAAAAGACAUUAUUACUCUUUGUAACCACCGAGAAACCGCCUUUUUUCAAAA